AUGGCGGACAAGCCCCUUAUUCCGGACACCGCCUGCGUACCUCACUCGACUUCUACCGAGUCUAUCAGCGCAUCCACUUCAGUCCCUACUCAUGCUAACUGCUUGCAACCGCUUUCGCAUGAACUUGAUUUACUUAAUGAUGACGUCCGGCCACUCGUCGGGCUCGAGCUGCCCGUGUAUGGCUCUGACAUGGUCAAAGUAUUGGAGACUGUGAGUGGACUCCAGAGUCUGCAACAAGCCCAUGAAACCAAGAACCAGUUCCUUCCAGUGAAGCUGCGGCCUCUGGAGCCGUCGUGCAAGCCGCUGUUUGCAGAUCUGACCAAGACGCAGAUGGUGCUGUUGAGGGUGAAGCGGUCGCAGGUCCGUCGGAAGCGAAGCGAGGAGGCAGCUGUCGAGCAGACGAAAGAUCGUGGAUCCGAGAAAACCGCUGCGGAUCGUACGAGGAUCUCCGUUCAAGUGGUGGGGCUGAUCAAGGAAAAGUAUGUGUGCGAAGGGAUGGCGGAUUUCCAGUACUUUACAGCUCGGGAGUUCUACCCGACGUCCAAACCAGACAAAGAUGCGCUGACUGUGGUGGUCGAUGCGACAGAAGCAGUGGAAACUGCGGUGAUGAACAGUGCGGUGGUGGAGAAUGGUCCAUUGUCGAGACGGUCGUUGCGACAGAGAGAGCUGCAAGACUGUUUGCGACCGUAUCUGGCGGUGGAGAACGAGACGCAGCUCGAGCUUAUUCCUGAAGUGUUUUCUAAGGUCGAUUUGCCGCUGAAGUAUGAAUUCCGGCAGAAGUCAGGGUACCAGCCGACAGCUGCCGCGAAGAAAGCGUCGACUACCAUGACAUAUCUGAACUUUCAUGACGACGUGCCUGCGCCUGUCGAACCAAAGCCUGAGAGGCCCGUAGUGCGUCGGAGAUCUGUGGGCGUGGACGAUAGUGGUGUGGACGCGCACGUAAUGGAAAUGCUGGAGGAGAAACUGGAGCAAAAGCCGGUUUGGCUUCGCUCCAAGUUGUUUAAUGGACUGGACGCGUGCGAGCGCCGAGCUGCGAGACGAUUGCUGCGAAAGCUUUGCUACGUGUUUGUUGAUGGACCUUGGAGAGGAUCGUGGAUCAAGAUGGGGUUGUGGAGCUACGAAACAAUCGUGAACUUGUACACUCCAAAGUCACUCAUGCUGCUAGAAAACGCGUCAAAAAGUAUGUCUGGGACGAGCUUAGGAAAUGCGUGCGGAGAAGGUGGGCACGCGAAGGCUCCGCGGAUUGUCAAAGUGACGCAAACGUCGGCUCUUGAAAAUGCGCAGGCUAGCAAGCGUCGUCGAAAGGAACGUUUUACGCGGGGCGAAACACGGCGCUCGUAUCUUGUAGAGCCAACUAUACCCGAGAGUGCUUUCGGUGCUGCUCCAAUGAUGGCUUCUUCGCCCCCCGCUGGUUCCAUGCCAUCGACUGUAAAUUCAUGCAAUGACUGGGACUCGGAGGACGAGCAGGAGGACAGAGAGUCUGACGCAGAUGAAGAGAACACAAACAAAGCAAGUAAAACAAGUGCUUCUGCAAAUUCUGCACCCGGAGGCAGCGAGAAGAUUUUCGAGAUCUUCGGAGUACAGUUGUCCAGUGCAAACGUGCUGUUUCAGCUCGAAGAGAUCGAUGACGAGGAGGUGCGCGAAUGGACUGCUCAAUUCGCAAAGCAGCCGAAGCCGUCGUUGCUGGGCGGGUGGUAUCCGACGCAGAUGUUUCUGCCAUUACGUGAGAUCAUCAGGCUACGCAUCGCUGCAAUGGUCGGUCGCUCCAAGGUCGAGCUGGACACGAGACGCAAACGCCUGGACGUGCUCAAGAAGCAAGCACUAGCCGAAUAUGGGGAAAGUGUUCGACUAGCUAGCAAAGAGCAGCAGUCGGGCUCCGCUUCAGUAUCGGUGCCAAGUGGCAACAAUGUCGAGGCAGCAGCAGUCACAGCAGCUGGAGGUGAUGAUACUUAUGAUGAUGACGAGCACGCAUUUGAGCAGUCUCUUAUCGAAGAACGGAAUGCGACGUCGGUGAAGGUGGAAAAGCCUUUGGUACGGACAGAAGCAGAAAAGGCUGAAGAGGAUGAGGAUUUGGACGAGGACUUGGACUUGCAAGAAGAUGACGAUGACAAUGAGACGAUUAGCUCAGGUCGUUCUCGUACAACUUAUGAAGAAGACGAGACGUUGGAAGACGACGAAGACGAGGAAGACGAGCAGGUGGAAGAAGAUGCCACGUUGGACACGCAGCAGCAAAAUGGUACCACUGUACGUGCUGACGAGAUAUCCGAGUCCACCGAGUAUUCAUUUUAG